AGCGCAGGACAACAACAAAAGGAGCGAGACGAGCCGCCGGCGGCCAGUGGUUCAGCAACUGGACAGGCGGCCCGGCCCCGCGCCCCGCGCUCGCGGUCCGGGAGCCGCAGCUACCUCAGCAGCCCCGCGCCCGUGCGCGCCGCUCCCCGCCGACCCCGCCGAGCGACGCGCCCGCUGCCUUCGCCGCCGGUCUCCGCUGCCGCUCGGGCCCACGGAUAACGACUCUCCUUGCUCUCGCCUAAGUUGAAUAAGCACCCUGUGCACUUUAAUCUCCUGUCGUGCCAUCAGGCAGACUGAAGACGGUGUUUUGAGAUCUCAGCUGUAAAGACAUCCCGCCAAAGUCUCAAUCUUGCCUUAACCAUGUUCCAGAGACUGAAUAAAAUGUUUGUGGGGGAAGUCAACACUUCUUCCAACCAAGAACCGGAAUUUAGUGAGAAAGAAGAUGAAGAAUGGAUUCUCGUUGACUUCAUAGACGCCUGCCCUGGUUUCUCAGCAGCAGAAGCCAAAGCCGAAGCCAUCAGUGAAGAGUCACGUACCGAGCACCCGUCAGUCUUUUCCUGUUUACCUGCAUCUCUUGAGUGCUUGGCUGAUACCGGUGAUUCCUGCUUGCUCCAGUUUGAGUCCUGUCCGAUGGAGGAGAGCUGGUUUAUCACCCCUCCCCCAUGUUUUACUGCAGGUGGAUUAACCACUCUCAAGGUGGAAACCAGUCCUUUGGAAAACCUUCUCAUUGAACAUCCCAGCAUGUCUGUCUAUGCUGUGCAUAACUCCUGCCCUGGCGUUGGUGAGGCCAGUUGUGGGACCAAUGAAUGUCCUGACCCAAGUAGCCCCAGAGUGGAAAGUCGAAAUGAAAUGGGGCAGCACAUCCAUUGCUACGUUGCAGCUCUCGCUGCGCAUACAGCUUUUCUGGAACAACCCAAGAGCUUUCGCCCUUCCCAGUGGAUAAAAGAACAUAGUGAAAGACAGUCUUUGAACAGAAAUAGCCUUCGUCGCCAAAAUCUUACCAGGGAUUGCCACUCUAGGCAAGUCAAGCACAAUGGCUGGGCUGUCCAUCAGCCCUGCCCCCGUCAGUACAAUUACUAAGAAUUUCAAGAUUGGUUGGAUUCUCUUGGUUUGUGCAUAUGUGUGUGGACGUGUGUGGAUGGACGAUGAAGAUGCUGUUUCUUUACAGCCAACUGAUGACCAAUCACAUAGUUUUAUCGAUGUGUUUAGACACUAUCUUGAAAACCAGAUUUACAUGCUGUAUAUCACAUAAUGCCUUGCUUUUAACACUUACUUUUUUGUAAAUUUUUUCAGAAUAUUUUUGGAAACAUAUCAAUACAGUUACAGUGUUUGGUGUUUGGGGGUGUCUUUAAAUCUAUGAAGGUGUACAUGAGUUAGUGUUCUAAAGACAUUUCUUCCCAAGUAUGAGAAUAGGCAUCUUUCAAUUUCAUUUUAUUUUGUAUUACUUAAUCAAUAUUUUGAGUAAGCAAGAAUUUAUUCUCAGGGUCAGCCAUACACUUUAUUGACCAGUACUUGAUAAUCUUUUCUGUAUAUAAUGAAUACAUUUUUACACACUAACAUGAGCAUUAACAGGUGAUAGUUGCCAUAGAUAUAAUGGAAUUAUGGCUGAACUUUCUCUUGAAAGAAAACUUGAUAUAUUUCUGUGUGUAUAGGUUUGUUUUGUUUGUUUGUUUGGUUGUUUUGUUUUGUUUUGUUUUCUGGAUUAGCCAUGCAGUUCAUUUUGGAAUUCAGGUACAUUAAGUAUUAGUGAACAGUGCAUUCAGUAAUUCCGACAUGACUGUGUGACGUGGUACAGAGAUUGUGGGACAAAAGCACUUGUCUCCCACGCAGAGGGAUUCAGUUAGACCUGUGAAAUUGUUUUUGCAGAAAUGUAUGUCUACAACAAACCCGUUAGUCCACUAUUUAACUUGUCUGGAGUCUUUCCUGUCAGCUCUGCCCACUUGCCGCCUCCUGUCAGCUGUCAACUCAGAAGUACUCCUCCAGGCACUUUAGUGACUUCUUUAUUUUAUGACUGUCCAAGGGAAAAGAAGUAGAUUUUGUAUUUCUGAUGCAGUGAUCCAUCCUCUGCCAUGGGCCUGUCCUGCCAAGUGGCACGCAAGUCCAAGGAGGGAUUCCCGGUGACAUCCUUUCCUCGCAUCCAAAUGAAGAGUGACAGGUUGGAGCCCUUGAGUUUCCAUUUUUUGUUUUUGUAACUGGGGCUACAGGCAGAAUCUUUAACCACUUUGGCCUCUGUUUCCUCCACCAAUGGGGGAGUAGUAGUAUUUACCUUCCUCACCGUUGUCGUGCGGACUGUGUACUGAUGGGAACUGGGCUGUCCAGAGCUGAACCUUGUGUGAAAUUCCAAGGGCCUCUCUACUGAAUCUAAUGAUGGAGAUGGGGCCUGUGGCAGUUUCCUGCCACAGCUGUUCUUCAGAGUGUUGGUGCUAACGAGGCCGGCGUUCAGGGCUCAAUUCACACGAGGCCAGUUAACACACAACCUCCAGCCAGUCACUUUAUUUCUUAGCAGUUGUGAUGGGUUUUGCUGAGCCAUCCACAUUCACCAGUUUCCUCUGUAGCUAAAUUAAACAUACACAAUCCAAAGCAUAUUCUACUGUCAGAUCAGUAGUAUCACCUUUGCAAUCAAAUAGCUUAUUUUUCCGUGUCCUCUGCAACCCUAAUAAGUACAUGUCUAUAUAAGGUUUUCAAGGGAAAAAGCAUAUAGUUAUGUGAAGUAUUAUAUUUUUCAAUAACCCUGUAACAGUUCGGUGCAGGGAACUAUGGGAGACUUUUUUUUCUUUUCUUUUCUUUUCUUUUUUUUUUUUUUUAACCUAAGUGAAGAGCUGUGCUCUUUUCUGCCUAGACUGGGAUGUUUGGGGUCAGAAGAGGUUAAAUAGCUUCAUGAGAUGGUGGUGCAGCUGGUUCUUCCACUGGCCGCGAUGAAGUGCCAGGAAUGUCUUACAUCCCCCUUCUCUCCUUAUUCCCUUUCGAUUUCGACUACCCCUUUAUUUAUUUGUUUUCUAAUUAGGGGCCAAGUCUGUAAAGUUUUAUCAAACUGAGCUAGAAGUUACUUUGUUACUAUUUGUGUUUACGAGAGUUGAGUGGUUAAGAUAAAGUUUUCAUGAAGGUGUGUACAUUUUACACCAUAUCUGUUAUAGGGCCGUAAGUCGGUAACUUGAAAAUAGACCAGCUAAAUGUUUUCUGGAUGUAAGCCUCUGAAUACAUGGGGGUCUCUUUUUUCAUAUAUUACAUGCAGUUUGUUAGUACCUCACAAGCUACCGAAGUUCAGCCAUGAGAAUUUGUUUGGCAGCGUGAACAGAUUUGUAUAUAAAAUAGCAAUGGUUUUUUGUGUUUUUUUUACUAUUAUUUUUUCAAAUUUCCUGAUACCCGAAAAUACACUUACUUCUCUAUCUGUUACUGACUUUUUGUUUGCCUUAUCUAGACCUAGUUUUUUAUGGUUUAUACCUGGGAAGCAACACUUUCAGUCUUGGGGAUGUUUUCUUAGGCUAACCAUGCCAUCUAUCCUAUCAGACUGCGGUUUUUAUAUCAAUAUCUAAGGUUUCUGCCUGAAAUUGGCACAUGUUAGAACUGAAGAAAGUGGUUACACAAUUCAUUUGAAGUUCUUGAUCAUUAGAUGUUUGUUAGGCAUCUACUCUGUGUGAGACACAGACCAAUAGUAACAGAAGGAUGUUGACCUAAGUAUUCUUUGAAACAUGGCCAAAAUGCAAUUUAUUAUAAGUUAAUUAUUAUUUCUGCUGUUGUAAAUAUUAGUGGCUUACAAUGUGCUUUCGUGCAUAUUUCUUAAAACUUCAAGCAGUGAGAAAUCAGACCCCUCUGAAUUUAGUGCUCUGAUGGUUUCUAGACUGAUAAUAUGGAAUGUUACUUGGAAAAAGUUUGGACUAUAUGGUGCACACAAGCAGUACUUCAUGAAUGAGCUUCUUAGUUUUUAAAAAUGCACCAUGUUCCUCAAAGUUUGUGUUUUUGUUAAUAAAACAUUUUAUAAUGUAUUUUCUAUGUUUUACUUUUUCUUUCUCAAGUAACUAUGUAUUGCACUGUAAGGUGAACACAAACCAUUAUUUAUCUUCUGUGGCAAUGCAUUUAUAUGGUUGGGUGGGUGGGAAUUUUUUGCAGAAAGUGCACAGUGAUUGAAUUUUUGACUUUCUACUCUGGCGAGCUUUUUCUACAUUAAUUUCCUGGACAUUUUCCCAGUUCCCAGGUAGUCGGUGUAUCAGAACGUUGAUUCUAGUGAGAAGACAGUUUCCUUAAAACUUGAGAGGGCCGUUCAGCAUCGCUAUUGAUUUUACUUCUAAAAUCUGUGCAGUACACUGCUUCGUCAUCUGUACAUCUUCACUGAAUCUGAGUGUCUUUGCUAUUUCUCUUCCUCCUCAAGGAAAGAUACUGUCUUUCUAUACUCUUCGUUAAAAAGAGCAGAAGAGAGUCUCUUUCUUAUCCUCAUUUUCUUUGAAUUGGAAACAAAAGAAAGCAAAAAUUAAAAAAUGAAGGAUUCCAACUGGAAGAUAGACAUUUAAGUGUAAAUGGAUUAGUGGAGAAUGCUUAAGAGUUUCCAGGUAGUUUUGUUUUUAGAAUCAGUAAAAAGACUGCUCCUAAUACUGGAGAUACUAGCAUAUGUUUGUAAUGUUACCUUGAAGUUAUCUUUUAUUUUAUCAGGCCCAUUCAUACUGGUUAAAUUCUUUUAGAAGUCCAGCUACUCUCUUGGAUGGCUUCACUGCCAUCAGCCGUGUUGAUGCAUUAUAAAUGGCAUCCUUAUCUACUUAUUGUAAUGCUUAAAAUUUUAUAUGAAAUGCUUUAUUUAGAAAAUCUGCCUAAUCCAGCGGUGUCAGCCUUGCCAUAUACCACUUUCACUUGAAAUAUGACACCAGUUACAGUGGUUUGGGGUGGAGAAAGAGGUACUAGAAAGCAUACAGAUAAAGACAUCUUUUUCUGUUUGCAACAGUAUCCUUUCUGUGGGAAGAGAUGUUACUAUUCAAAGGAAGGCAGCUUAAGUGGAUGUUUUGUAUAUCAUUUAGAAUUUUCCUUACAACAUAUUUUUUUAAUUGUAUGAUUAUUAAAUGCCCCAUUUAGUUCUGUAUUUGCCUGAAGUUUUAAUAUUUGUUUUCUAGGUGGACUUCUUAAAAACCAAAUCAGGACUUGGGGAGUUUGAUGUGUGUGUAUCCAGGCUUAAUAUGUAUGAGUGGUUUUGCUUGCUCUUUGGUUGUUUUCCUCCAGAGGUUUGGAACUUUAAUCAAUAAUUGUGUGUGUGUGUGUGUGUGUGUGUGUGUGUGGUUAAGUGGCUUGGUGUUUCUUCUCAAGUAUAAUUGUGAACACACUUGCUUUUCAAGGGCAGGGCAUCAGUUAUAGAGACUGAAGAGUAUUGUAGAUUGUACUAUGUGCCUUCUCGAUGUAUUUCUGGACAUAAAUUUUUUUCAACUUGAAAACUCAAAAGGGACAUUUGGUUGGAUUAUAUACUGUACAUCAUCUAUGCAUAAAUGGCAGCUUGUUUUCUUGAGCCACUGUCUAAAUUUUUUUCUGUUUUUAUAGAAUUUUUUAUACUGAUUGGUUCAUAGAUGGUCAGUUUUUUACACAAUACAGCACUUUGCCAAAAAUAAGUGUAGCAUGGCUUAAACGUUGUGUAGUAACACCAGUUCUUUGUAUUUGGGUUCAGUGGUGUGUUUUGCACUAUUUGAGUUGUGGUUUUUAAUCUGUCAAUAAAUAAAAUGUUCUUUAACUUCA